CGUCAACAAAAUCCCCUGGACAGCAGCAGUUGCACGGCGCGCGACAGCUAGAGGAAAGAGCAGGAGCCGCCGUCUAUAUGUCCUGUCGGUUCCGCAAGUGAGGAGCGAAUGUCUCGGUGCUGCUGCACUCGCGCAACGAAAUAACGAAUAAGGGCCUGACAAUGCGUCCACCGUCUGCGUAAUAUCGGUCUAUAGUGCAGCAUAUCAGCAGAUACCUGUACACCUACAUAUCCGCAUCAGUGUUUCUGUUUCUCAGCUCUCUCUAGCCGCAGUGUAAAUUAACAUUCCUUGACAAUCGCUGCCCUGGCGAAUAGGAUAAGUUACACGUCAGUUGGCGAGAGCAGCCGCGUUAAGAAGAGCCAGGAGGUAAACAGAAUGGUGUGAGAUUGCAACAAGCUGAAUGACAACGACGACGACCACCACCACGGACAGGAUGGCGAAGUCCAACUGCCCGGGCGGCGGCCUCUACGUCGUCGAGGGCGAGGUCGGCCUCCUCAUGACGGCGAUGCGUCGAGGCGUUCGCUGGUCAUCUCAUUCGCACCAGGAUGAAGACCAAGAUGGGCUGAUGAAAGGUCUCUCAACAUUGAAGGAAGCCUUAAACGAAGCCAAAAAUUUAUCUCAACUGGAACCAGGAGUUUUUAUGGCUCCUUUUUUAGAAAUCAUUCGAUCUGAGGAAACGACAGGGCCUGUUACUAGUCUUGCUUUAUCAGCUGUAAAUAAAAUAAUAUCAUACGGUCUCAUUGACGCUGAGCAUCCUGCUAUUGCACCAUGUGUCGAAGCUAUAGCAGAUGCAGUAACCCAUGCAAGGUUUGUUGGAACCGAUGCAUCUGGGGAUGGAGUUGUUCUUAUGAGAAUACUUCAAGUUUUAAGAGCACUUGUAUUAUCACCUCCAGGGGACAACCUAUCGAAUGAAAGCAUUUGUGAAAUUAUGCUUAGUUGUUUUAGGAUAUGUUUUGAAACUCGUCUUAGUGAAUUAUUGAGGCGGACUGCUGAACACUGUUUGCGAGACAUGGUACAGCAUCUUUUUGUGAGAUUGCCUCAUUUUGCAGAUGAUACCCGAGGCCUUCUGAGCAUGAAAAAAAUGAGAACUGGUAAUAUGGAGAACACCAGAAAUAAAUCUAAAAAGAGCAGCAAAAUCCAUUUAAAACCAAAGUCAAAAUCAAAUUUAAAUGAGAUUGAUGAUCCAGAAGCCCAACUUCUGAGUCCAGUGGAAAGGGUCAAAGUUAGCCACUUAGCCACCACACCUAUAACACCUGCUGGAAAUAUUGUUGAUAUGCAAGGUUCUCUUAAUCAGAUUACACCUGACAAAAUUAAUGAUGAUAAUAGUGAUAAUAAAAAUAAAGAAUUAAAGAGCGAAACUAUUAAAGAUGAUAGUAAUAAGGAUAGUGCAAUAGUAGAAUCAAGUCAAAAAGAAUCAAAUUUAUCUAAUGAAACUGAUGUAUCGAAAAACGACAGUGAAAAUAAGGUUGUAUCAGACAAUAACAAGGAAUCACAAAGUCCCAGUACAGAAAUUAAACAGUUGUCUGAAGGUCAAGUAGAAGUCAAUCAGCUCGAUAAUAAAGUUAGUUCACCAGUAUCUGAUUCUUCCAUAAAACAGAAUUUAACAGAAAGUCAAGAUAAUCAAUUGAAUACAGAGGACAAAAGCAACCAUUAUAUACAGUCUCCAACAGGCAGCGUCGAAGACUUAUCGGUUGACGACGCGUCAAGUAUGAACAGCGUGAAAGUACCAACUGUUAAGGUAGACGGUGAAGCAAUGGAGGAAUAUGUAAAUUCUCAAGGCGUUCGAUUCAUGCCUGUGCAGCAGCAUACUCCUUAUGGUUCACUAUGUAUUCGGGAGUUAUUCCGAUUCUUGGUUUCUCUGUGCAGUCCUCUUGACAAACAGAACACUGAAAUUAUGAUGCAUUUGGGUUUGAGUCUUUUACAAGUAACUUUGGAAGUGGCAGCUGAUGCUCUAUCUAAUUUCCCAUCUUUGCUUGCGCUCACUAAAGAUGACUUGACACGAAAUCUGAUUUUGUUAUUAGGUACUGAUAGGUUAUCGAUUCUCGCUGCCAAUCUGCAAGUGUCGUUUUUACUUUUUGAAUCGCAAAGAGAGCACUUAAAAUUCCAGAUGGAACAAUUUAUCGUUAAACUAAUGGAUUUAGUUAAUUCAGAUUCGAAUAGAAUAGCAUAUGAGCAACGAGAGCUCGCGUUAGAAGCUAUAGUUCGAUUGUGGAAAAUUCCUGGUUUACCUGCAGAAUUAUUUGUAAAUUAUGAUUGUGGGUUGUAUUCAAUAAAUUUAUACGAGGAAAUAAUGAAAAUGCUCUCAAAGGUACUGUUCAAUAAUGCUUCUGCAUUAGUUGGGAGUAUGUACAGUAUGCAAUUCAUUUCCUUGGAUGCUAUUUUCGCGUUAAUUGCUGGAAUAGAAGCAAGAUGCAAAGGAUAUACGGAUAUGUUAAAACCCUCGAGACAUAGUGCCUUGCCAAAUCUUCCACCUCGUGAUGAAUUAAUGGAUACCAAGGCUAAGAAACGAUGGUUGGCUAUUGGCGCCGAAAAAUUCAAUGAAAAUCCACGGGAAGGUAUUGCCAAACUAGCAGAACAUGGACUUCUGGGAGGAACUCCCGGGCAUCCCGAUCCAGAUGAGAUCGCUAAAUUACUUCGGGAAAAUCCAACAUUAGAUAAGAAGGCUAUUGGAGAGUACCUCAGUAAAAAGGAAAAUACGAGUAUUUUACAUUCUUUUGUCCAUAGUUUUAAUUUACAAAACACUCGCAUCGAUCAAGCCGUUCGUCAAUACAUGGAGACUUUCCGACUGCCCGGUGAAGCACCACUUAUUUCUUUGCUACUCGAAAAAUUCGCUGAACACUGGCAUGAAAGCAAUAAUAGGCCAUUCGCUUCCGCUGAUGCUGCAUUCACUUUAGCAUAUGCUAUUAUUAUGCUUAACGUUGAUCAGCAUAAUCACAAUGUCAAACGACAAAGUAAUCCUAUGACUGCGGAAGAGUUCAAAAAGAAUUUAAAGAAGAUUAACGGAGGUGCUGAUUUUGAUCAGGACAUGCUUGAUGAAAUAUACGUAGCCAUAAAGAGCGAAGAAAUAAUCAUGCCGGCUGAGCAGACGGGUCUUAUAAAGGAAAAUUAUUUGUGGAAAUGUCUACUACGAAGAGGUGCUAGUUCAGAAAGUUUGUACAUAAAAGUCUGCGAUUCUGGCGAAUUUAUCGACAAAGAUUUGGCGGAAAGAGCUUGGGCACCUAUAAUCAGCGCUUUAUGCCGGGCCUACGACAAAGCUCCAGAUCGUACGUUACAGCGUAAAGUUGCUCAAACAUUCCUUAGUUGUGCGGCAAUAAGUGCGCACUAUAACAUGACCAGCGAUCUGGAUACUCUAAUAGUCAGUCUCUGCAAAUUCACUGGCUUGGCAGCCGGCGGCCAGCCCGAUCAGGUCGUCUUGAAGCUCGGUGGCAGUGGUACCUGUCAACUAGCCACGCGAACGCUCUUCAAGAUCUGUCACAUGCACGGUGAUGCAUUACGAGCCUCUUGGAAGAACAUUGUCGACUGUCUGCAGAUGCUCUAUCGAGCAAAGUUGUUGCCUAAAAACUUGACCGAGGGCGAGGACUUUCUCGAUCCUUCGGGUAAGGUCAGCCUAAUUAGGGAACCUACAACACCAAAGGCUCCGCCUGUUGAGCAGGGUAUACUAUCAAGUUUGUAUUCAUACAUUGCUUCGGAUACGUCGAAAACACCGCACCCUGCAGAAGCUGUCGCUAAAAAGCGGGCUUUGGAGUGCGUGGCACAUUGUUAUCUCAAACAGAUCAUCGACGAAAGCAAGUUUCUCCAGGUGGAAUCUUUGCGUCCCCUAGUGACCGCUCUAGUCUCAGCAAGCUCGUCGGACGAAGGCACGUCGGUCUUCCUACUAGAGCAACUCCUGGAUGUAACCAUUCAGAACCGUGAUCGAGUAAAUUGUAUAUUGUCAGUUAUCCAAGGUCACCUUGAUAUUCUUCUUACCACUGCGGCCAGAGAAAAUCACCCCUACUUGCUCGAGCGCGUCACUGUGGGAAUGCUGAGAUUAGCGAUACGUUUGCUGCGAAGCGAGGAGUUUGCUGGUACCGUUCUACCACCACUUACACCUCUAACGAAUCUGCCCUCGAGCUCGGUACCUCCUUUAGCCAGACAGAUUGCUUUUGGUCUAUUUGAGCUGCUGAAAAUUGGCGCGGCGAAUAUCCACAGUACCGAAGAUUGGAAGGUUGUGUUCAAUUUACUCGAGUGUGCUGGUGCUGGCGCGCUGCAGCCUAAGCAAGUUUCUAAUGCCGUUAUGGAUGAGACGAACCGCAGCAAGUCACCUAUUCUUGAUCCUAGGCCUAUAAGCCCGGUUCCCGAGUGGGUUUUGGUUUCACCAACGGGCACAGAAGCUCCACUGCCUGUAGCCGCCGACACCAUAGUCCUAGACCGUGAUCUACAAGCCCACGAUCCCGCAGCCUUGGUCAAGUGCUGCGAGAGCUUGACUUUUCUGGUGCGAGACGUCGCUCACGUCACACCGUUCAACUUUGAGAUUUGCGUACGCUGCGUGAGAACCUUCGCUGAAGCCGUGCUAGUCUCGGCCGGCAAGCGCAGCAGAGUCCAUGCUUCCACUGAAGAACCGGCUAACUAUCAACAAAUGCCUAUACAGCUUCUGGAUCUUAUGCACACGUUACAUACCAAGACGGCACAAGUAUUCAGAUGGUGGGCAGAGGAGAACAAUAGCGAGGCUGCUAGUCCAAAUACCAAAAAUGUCAUAGCCACAGCUUCUCUUUGGCCACAGGCAUGGCGUCCGUUGCUUCAGGGUAUAGCUAGACUGUGUUGCGAUUCAAGGCGAGCGGUACGUGCUGCAGCUAUCACUUCGCUUCAGAGCACGUUGCUCGCUCACGAUCUCAGCCAGCUAUCAGCCGUCGAAUGGUCUCAGUGUCUAGAGCAGGUGCUAUUCCCAUUGUUGGCUCAGCUGCUUGGACCUAUCGCGGCUAACGAUCCACUUGCUGUCGAGGAGACGAGAGUUCGAGCUGCCAUGCUUCUAUCCAAGGUCUUCCUGCAUCAUCUCAAUCCCUUGCUGACGCUUCCGGGCUUCCUUCCGCUCUGGCUCACGGUCUUGGACUUACUGCGCUCCUACAUGCACGCUGACAACAGCGAAAACCUCUACGAGGCGAUCCCCGAGUCAUUAAAGAACAUGCUUCUGGUGAUGGCGUCGGCGGGAGUUCUUCAACCGGAAUCUUACCUGUGGACGCCGACAUGGCGCGCUAUCGACACCUUCCUACCCAAUCUGAAAGCUGAGCUCUUCCCAGAACCACCAGCACCUCAAGCGGCGCCUCCCUCACCCCCGCAAUCACAAUCACCCACUAGCCAAGUAACUUCUCCACACCAGGGUGCGGGUGUUAUAAGCCUCGUGGAUCAGCAACAACCUUCUUACCCUAAACCCAUUCCCCCUCAACCUGAAGAUCAGCAGACCUGCAGCAGCCCCAUGUCGCAAUCACCACCGUCGGAUACGAGCAUACUCUCGACUUCUCCAAGGUUACAAGAGAUCCCGCAGCAACAGCAUCAGUAUCAACAACAGCAACAUCAACUACCAACGAUGCCGCAGCCCCAACCUGUGACACCUGUUAAAAUAGUCCUGCCAUCGCUCGUUCUCGAUCCUGGUAAGGAGCCUCAACAGGUUAUCACACUCGUCAACCAGCCACCGCCCAGUGUCUCGAGUCCUGUGGCUGUGCAGCCACCAACCGCCACACUUUACAGACCGCAUGUGCAAGAGCAGCAAAUUCAACAAGAGCAGUAUCAUCAACAGGUAUACCCAGUGGAACUGAAUGCUCAAGAUCAGCAGUUGUCCAGUGUCUAUCAGUCGGACUAUAGGCAGCAAACAGUUAGCAUCAAAGAAACGAGUUCGCCCACCAAGCACCAAUACGCGCAUCUGCCUCAAAUGCAGGACUUUCAAGCCGCGGCGUACGCAGAGUCGGUUAAAAAUGCAGCUGCGGAUGGCUCAAGUCAAAACCAGAUAACAUCGGCAGCAGAUACCACGACAAUUUUCAACUCUGCGGCGUACUUCAGUGAAGAUCCUGCGGCGGAUCGCCUCUUCGUCGUGACCAACCCUUGACUAUGUACUGUACAUUCUUCGUGUAUAUUGUAUCAUAUGAAUUCCACUAUGUCGCAUAGUCAUAUCGGAACGGAUGUCAUAAAAUUACAGGUGUGAUAAAGAAAUGAGGAUAAGAGACAACAACGUCGCACGUCAGAAUCUUUGGCUUGUAUAUUUGGCAUGAUGAUAUAUGCAUAUUAUAUACAUCAUAUGUAAUGUGCAUAUACAUACUACAUAUAAUUAAUAAUAACGUUUAUAACAGUUA